AUGCCGUCCUUUGAGUUGCGAUACGCGCCGUAUGUCUGGCGGCUAUUGAAUGGUGUCUUCGUUGUCCAUAAACCCCAUAAUAAGACCGUUUUGGCCACUCGUCGGUCACUUCUCAAGAAACUAUGCGAUGAACUCAAUUCAAUGGAGUGCCGACCGCCGCGAGAGUUGGUCCACAUCUCUGGCCAACUGUCGAGCGGCGAGAGUCUGAAAGUGGAGACCAGACAGAGCUUUGCCGACGACCCGCUUGUUGUCGGCCAACGCUAUCAACCGCAAGACUUUUCGCUCUCAAUCGCCAAUAAUCCCGGUUUCUUCGCGUCCGGUGUUGUCGUCGUAUUCAUGGGCCGAAUGGCCAAAAGUGCCGCCGAUUUUCAAAAUGGACAGCAUUUGAGGGUUUAUGAAAUGAAAGGCCGCUUCGGUUUCGCGACCGACAACUGCCGAUCCGACGGCAAAAUCAUCGAAAAGGUUUAUGAAAUGAAAGGCCGCUUCGGUUUCGCGACCGACAACUGCCGAUCGGACGGCAAAAUCAUCGAAAAGUCGCGCUUCAAACACGUGACCGAACGACACAUCGGACGCGUGAUCAGCAAAAUACAGGCCAAUCAUCAGACGCUUAUGUUUAAGACAAUGGGAGUCGAUCUCAAGAGUCAGGAGGCGUACGAAUUGGCGGCCAAAGGUAUGGUGAGACCCGCUGUGCGAAAAACAACGCCCAUUAUAUACGGCAUCCGUUUGACUGAGUUCUCGCCGCCCGACUUCACCGUCGAAGUCGAGUGUAUCAACGAAUUCGAUGAGUUCCUGUACCAACUGAUCCAUGGCAUUGCCCUUAAGCUGCGGACGAGUGCGAUGUGCACUCGAAUGCGUGUCAAAAGGUACGGCCCGUUCACUACCGAAGACUCUUUAUUAAUGAAACACUGGACGAGUGAACACAUCAUUGAAAAUAUAGAGCAAUGCAAACACCGAUUACAGCCACACGUCUUGCAACCCAUUUCGGCCGUAUUGAGCGAUCCGACGGCGCUCUCAGAUCACGACAUCUUUUUGGAUACGCUUAAGAGAAGCGGAGAAAUCAUUAAAUAA